CACACCCGCCGAGGUUUUUGAGGAGUAAAGUAAGAAGAAGUAGAAGAGAGACUUGGAGAGAUACAGCGCGUUUCCAAGUCUCUCUCUCUCUCUCUCUCUCUCUCUCUCUCUCCUCCUGACUCCAUGGCCCCUUAGCCUUUAAUGUAUUAACCAGGUUCCCUGAGACUGACUGAGUUUUAGGUUAAAACGUGGGCGUAUGGUAGGAAUCUGGCUUUUCACCCCCUCACCGUCACCUGUGUGCUGUCCUGCCCUGUAGCCUCACCUGGGAACUAUGGAUACUCCGUGGCUCGGACCCCGCGUGUCCCUCCUGCUGAGCCUCGUGCUCGUCCUCCAGGCACGAGCAGACCCAGUUGAUGUUUUGCGGAUUCUCCAGCUUCCCUCCCUCCCUGAAGGUGUACGGAAGGUAUCAGGUUUUUGUGUCUCGCAGACUUCCGGUACUGAUCAUGCCUACCGCAUCAACAAGAAGGCCCAAAUCUCUGCUCCAACCAAGCAACUCUUCCAAGGUCGUUUUCCAGAGAACUUCUCCAUCAUGACCACUGUGAAGGCUAAGGCUGGGCUUCAGGCCUUCCUCCUGUCCAUCUACAAUGAGCAGGGUGUGCAGCAGCUGGGACUGGAGCUGGGCCGCUCACCCAUCUUCCUGUAUGAGGACCAGAACCGCAUGCCUACCCCAGAGAACUACCCCUUGUUCAAAGGCAUCAACCUGGCUGAUGGCAAGUGGCACCGCAUUGCUAUCUCUGUGCAGAAGAAAAAUGUCACUCUUCUCCUUGACUGCAAGAAGAAAAUGACAAGACCUCUUCCAAGAGGUAACAAACCAGUGGUGGACAACAAGGGCAUCACUGUCUUUGGCAGUCGUCUCCUGGAUAGCGAGGUUUUCCAGGGUGACAUCCAGCAGCUGUUGAUUGCCUCCAAUCCUCAGGCAGCCUACGAUUACUGUGAGCAUUACGCCCCCAGCUGUGACUCUCCUCUGCCCAGGAUUCAGGCCCAGGAUCCCAACACUUUUGGCAGCAAGACCAAAACCAAAUCCACAUCUUCCUCUAGGACAGCCAAGUCUUAUAAAGCAACAGCUAGCUCAGCUAAAUCUGCCAAGCAAGUUAAAAUAGUCUUAGGCAAAUCUACCAUGAUUAAGCCGGCCAAGACCAAACCUGCCCCUGUGAGGGUUAUGGGCAUUAAGUCCACAGUAGGAGCUAAAGCAGGCCCUCGUUUAGUAGCGGAAAACAAGAAAUCAACUAUCAGUCGCAAAGCAUCUGAAAAUAAGAAGUCUACCGGUAAAAUUCAAGUAAAUGGAAUUAGCAAUGGCAAGAAUGCAGCUAAAGCUUACAGCAAUGGCGGAAUAAAGUUCAGUAGUAUUGCAAAUGGAAAGGCUACUGUUAAAGUAAAUGCUAAAGCCAGCAGCAGUAACACUAACAGAAAGUCAGUAGUUGGGAGAAAAACAAAUGCAGACCCUAAAGCCAAAGCAGCUGAAAACAAAUCUAAGAAAGCAAUUGAGAAAACUCUGCACGACAAGUAUAGGAUAGAUGGAGUGUUGAAGCCAAGGGAAUACCCUCCAUUCCAAAGGACAACCCCUUCUCGCACACCUUCUUCAGAUCGUGUCACCAUCACUAACGUCAAAUCAAUGUCGAAUCCGUUCCCGCCCUUCAACAAGCCUGCAGUCAGUGGCGUCCCCGUGAAGACGAAAGCAACCAAUGGUUAUGCACAGGCUGCUGUAAGAGGCCAGAAGGGAGAGAAGGGAGAACCUGCUGUCCUUGAAUCUGGCAUGUUGAUUGAGGGACCGCCAGGACCAGAAGGGCCAACAGGUCAUCCUGGCCCUUCAGGCCCUCCAGGACAGCCAGGAGCUGUUGGUGAUCCAGGGGAAAGGGGUCCACCUGGGAAAGCAGGUCUGCCUGGAGCUGAUGGUGUCCCUGGACCUGCUGGGUCAUCUCUCAUGCUUCCAUUUCGCUUUGGACAAAGUGGUGGGGACAAGGGUCCCAUUGUCUCAGCACAGGAGGCCCAGGCUCAAGCUAUUUUGUCUCAGGCUCGGUUAGCGCUGACAGGUGCACCCGGGGCAAUGGGUUUCACUGGCCGACCUGGACCCCUGGGUCCACCUGGCAGCCCUGGGCUGAAGGGAGAGCAUGGAGAUCCUGGUCCACAGGGUACAAGAGGUCCUCACGGGUUGUCUGGGCCUCCUGGUAAAUCUGGUAGAAGAGGCCGAUCUGGUGCUGAUGGUGCUCGUGGAAUGCCAGGAGAGCCUGGAAUUAAGGGAGAUCGUGGAUUUGAUGGGUUGCCUGGUCUACCUGGAGACAAAGGUUAUCGGGGAAAUUCUGGACCAAUGGGACCACCGGGACCCCAAGGAGAGGAUGGAGAGAGAGGAGAUGCCGGAGAUGUUGGGCCCAGAGGACUCCCGGGUGAACCAGGGCCUCGUGGGUUGCUGGGGCCAAAGGGUCCUUCAGGCAUCCCUGGACCUCCAGGUGUACGUGGAAGUGAUGGACCUCAUGGGCCAAAAGGAAGCCUGGGACCUCAAGGAGAACCCGGUCCUCCAGGCCAGCAGGGAGCACCAGGAACACAGGGAAUGCCCGGGCCUCAGGGUGCUAUUGGCCCCGCAGGAGAGAAGGGACCUACAGGAAAGCCAGGACUACCAGGCAUGCCCGGAGCUGAUGGUCCUCCGGGUCACCCAGGAAAGGAAGGCCCAGGUGGAACAAAAGGAAAUCAGGGGCCUAGCGGUCCUCAGGGUGGAAUUGGCUAUCCCGGUCCCCGUGGAGUUAAGGGGAUUCAAGGCAUCCGUGGACUCAAGGGACAUAAAGGAGAAAAGGGAGAAGAUGGGUUUUCAGGAAUCAAGGGAGAUUUUGGUCCUAAAGGAGACAAGGGAGAGGUAGGAGUACCAGGCCUUAGAGGAGAGGAUGGGCCUGAGGGUCCAAAAGGGCGUGUUGGACCUCCUGGAGACAACGGACCGCUUGGCCUAGUUGGAGAGAAGGGUAAACUUGGUGUACCUGGUCUACCUGGUUAUCCUGGAAGACAAGGACCUAAGGGCUCACUCGGUUUCCCAGGAUUCCCUGGUGCAAAUGGAGAGAAAGGUGCAAGGGGUCUGAUUGGGAAACCUGGACCAAGAGGACUGAGAGGACCAACGGGGCCUAGAGGACAGAGAGGACCCCGUGGGUCUACUGGAAAACCGGGUGCUAAGGGGGGAUCCGGGAGCGACGGCCCUCCUGGACCACCAGGCGAGAGGGGUUUACCUGGAGCUCAAGGAGUAAAUGGAUUUCCAGGACCAAAGGGACCUCCUGGACCUCCCGGGAAAGACGGACUGCCUGGACAUCCUGGACAAAGAGGAGAAGUUGGGUUCCAAGGCAAGCCAGGGCCUCCUGGGCCUCCUGGAGUUGUUGGACCUCAGGGUCCUUCUGGAGAGACAGGUCCAUUGGGAGAGCGGGGUCACUCCGGACCCCCUGGACCACCAGGUGAGCAAGGCCUUCCUGGCCCUUCUGGUAAGGAAGGAACCAAAGGAGAUCCUGGUCCCCCUGGUGGACCAGGAAAAGAUGGACCUCCUGGAUUGAGAGGCUUUCCUGGAGAAAGAGGACUGCCCGGAACACCAGGUGGUGGAGGACUGAAAGGAAAUGAAGGCCCAGCAGGACCUCCUGGACCAGCUGGAUCGCCAGGUGAGAGGGGUUCUGAAGGCACAGCUGGUCCCAUCGGCCCCCCUGGAAGACCUGGACCUCAGGGACCCCCUGGAGCUGCAGGAGAGAAAGGAGUGGCUGGAGAGAAAGGUCCAGUUGGCCCAUCUGGUCGUGAUGGUGUUCAAGGCCCAGUUGGGCUUCCAGGUCCUGCUGGACCUCUCGGUGUUCCAGGAGAGGAUGGUGACAAAGGUGAGGUUGGAGAGCAUGGGCAUAAGGGUGCAAAGGGAGCCAAGGGAGAACAUGGUCCACCUGGUCCACCUGGGACCAUGGGUGGUGUUGGACAGCCUGGUGCUGCGGGUGCUGAUGGUGAACAGGGUGCCAGAGGUCAGCAGGGUGCAUUCGGUGCUAAAGGAGAUGAAGGAACGAGAGGAUUUCCUGGUCCUCCAGGCCCUAUUGGGCUACAGGGUUUGCCAGGCCCAGCAGGAGAGAAGGGGGAAACGGGAGAUGUUGGACCACUGGGUCCUCCUGGACCUCCUGGACCCCGAGGCCCAGCAGGUCCUAACGGUGCUGAUGGUCCUCAAGGUCCCCCUGGUGGUUUGGGUAAUCCAGGUCCACGUGGAGAAAAGGGUGAACCUGGUGAAUCUGGACCACCUGGUGUUGGUGGAGAGCCAGGAAAGAAGGGCCCAAGGGGAGAACGUGGUGAGAAGGGUGAGGCUGGGCAGCCAGGUACUCCUGGACCUUCAGGUGGAAAGGGGCCCACUGGAGAUGAUGGACCUAAAGGAAACCCUGGUCCUGUUGGUUUCCCUGGUGAUCCCGGACCUCCUGGAGAAGUUGGACCUCGAGGCCAAGAUGGAGCAAAGGGAGACAGAGGAGAGGAUGGUGAGCAAGGAGAGGCAGGUUCACCAGGACCUUCCGGUGAAAACGGACCCCCUGGGCCUCCAGGAAAAAGAGGACCAGCAGGCACAAGAGGACCUGAAGGCCGAGCUGGAGAGAAGGGAACCAAGGGGAAUUCAGGAGCUGUCGGGGCCCCUGGGAAGACAGGCGCCGUUGGGCCACAGGGUGCUCCUGGAAAACCAGGAACAGAGGGUCUGAGAGGACUGCCUGGUUCAGUGGGAGAACAAGGUGCUCCUGGUCACACUGGUGAGAAAGGACCUGAUGGACCAAUAGGUCCUGCAGGUUUGCCAGGUCUGCGUGGUGACUUUGGUGCUAAGGGUGAAAAAGGACACUCAGGUAUGAUUGGGCUGAUUGGACCUCCAGGUGAGCAGGGAGAAAAGGGAGACAGAGGAUUACCUGGACCUCAGGGAUCAUCAGGAUCCAAGGGAGAAACUGGUGUGUCUGGUGGAACUGGGCCUCUGGGUCCCUCUGGUCAUCCUGGUUUGCCUGGCCCAAGGGGAGUUAAGGGAGCAAAGGGUGCUACGGGCGGAGGUGGUCCCAAAGGAGAGAAAGGUGUACAAGGGCCUCCUGGACCCCCUGGACCUCCUGGUGAUGUCAUCCAGCCCCUGCCCUACACAAUCCCCAAAAAGUCCAAGCGCUCAAUCGACGCCAGUCAGAUGCUCCCUCAAAAUGAUGAGGUUGCCCCAGCUGAUGCCACAGGCACUGAGUUUCUAACCGGCAAUGAAGAUAUGGAGGAGAUUAUGGGUUCUCUGAAUGCCCUGCAUGUGGAGAUCGAGAGCAUACGCUUCCCACUUGGAACAAAGGAAAGCCCAGCCCGCACCUGCCUGGACCUCCAGCUGAGUCAGUCAGAAUACAAAGAUGGUGAAUACUGGAUUGAUCCAAAUCAGGGCUGUGCACGUGACUCCUUUAAGGUUUACUGCAACUUCACAGCAGGUGGAGAGACAUGCCUGUAUCCUGCCAAGGACGUGCAGAAUGUGAAGAUUAAGUCUUGGCCAAAGCAGAAGCCUGAGUCGUGGUACAGCCAGUUUGAUAAAGGAAGCAAGCUCUCCUAUGUGGAUGCAGAUGGUGAGCCGGUGGGCGUAGUGCAGCUGGGAUUCUUGCGGCUGCUCAGCAUCCAGGCUCAUCAGAACUUCACCUAUCACUGCCACCACUCAGUGGCCUGGGCCGAUAACACUGCCUCCGACAGAUAUCAGAGGGCACUGCGCUUCCAGGCUGCUAAUGAUGAAGAACUGACCUAUAAGACCAGUCCCUACAUCAAGGCACUCACUGAUGGCUGUUCUUAUCGUAAAGGUUACGGUAAAACUAUUCUGGAGAUCAACACACCUCAAGUUGAGCAGCUUCCUCUCAUGGACAUCAAGAUCACAGACUUUGGGGAGACCAAUCAGAAGUUUGGUUUUGAAGUCGGACCCGUCUGUUUCCUGGGAUAAACUUACAGAACCAGAGGAACACCAAAACCAGACACAAGUGACACACAGUAACUUGGAUUCACUCAGAGGUGCAUUUAUCUGGCGCAGAUGCAUGCUGGAAUAAAUACAUGUUAAAAAAAGACGAUCUAAGAUGUGGACACACAAACAUGCAAACACACAAACACACACAUAGAAGUUAUUGUGAAGCAAAGUAAGAGUACAGAUCAAAGGGAAAAACAACUAUAAAAAAGGUGAGAUGAAGAUGGAGGAAGCAGACCUGAUGAAACACACCUGUAAAGAUCAGCAUGCAUCGAGGCUUAUUAAUCAGGAAGAGUGUUCUGGAAUGAGCCACGCCAUAAAAGGGGCAACUGCUAAAGCAACGUGUCUCAGAUCACCUCGUCCUCAUCUUUCUUUCUCACUUCUUUGUCCCCCAGGUGUCUCUUCUCCUCCACCUCUGUGCUUCAGCCUUCACCCUAAUCUUACCUAAGCCCUGUGUGAUCACUCCGUUUGAAGCUAUUAUUGUUUCCCCUUUGUUUCUAAUUCUGCACAGCAGAGAUCUGUAAAUUGCCUCGACUCCUUGUACAUGCCUUGUAGAGUCAUUAAAGCUUAUACACACUUUCUAUCGUGUGCACCCCACGGACCCAGGAUUAACUCAGCAGACGAGAAUAUGUUUUAUAUAUAUAUAUAUAUAUAAAGAAUAAAACUCGAGUUGUGCUAGUUUGUGUCAUACAGACUAGUGUCAGCAUUUCUAGUUCUAUAAAUUGGUCUCUGUAUUUUUCUGCUUUAUCGUGGAAUUCCUCGUCUGGGUUGUGAAGUUCGAGAUCGCCAUCCUGUGCUUGUGUUUUCUCCGUGUAAGCUUCAGUUCACAUCACUAAACUCUAUCAUUACCUGCUCAUGCUGACAAUGUGAAUUAGAAACCCUUUGUAUAGAAAUCAUGUUUUAUUGUAUUUAUUUUUCAGUCAUUAAAACAAGGUGUUGAAGCAAAACGAACCCUUUUACAGUACAAAAUAAAAUGUGGUGUUUCACCUGGA